AUGAACCUCGAGGAGCUCACUUUUGAGAUUCCUUCUACUGGCGUCCACCACCACGCCGCCAGAUAUCCCGCCUAUUCUGAUCACUCGCCGUCGCGCCCAUUGAAAGCGCAGAGUCUUUCGUCCACUCCUUCAGAAAACGAUUGGGUGUCGCCGUUCACCCUCCCUCCUUUACCGAGUCUACGACGUGACCGCCAUCACUCCGAGAACCUCAAGUCUCCUGAAUAUCUUCGUCAGCGCGACGGAAGCGGUGCUUACUACGCCGCUGCUUGGGGCUCGCCCUACGCCACUCCGAGUCCUCGACGAACACCUGGCCCUGCCGGUUCCGUUGGGGAGCGGGUGGACAACCGUGCAACUCGCGCACAAAAUCAUCACAUCUUGGGCAAGAAAGCGCGUGCGACGAAACCAUUACGAAAACCUCGCUCGGAGCGAACCAAUUGGCUAAGUGAAUCAGAAGAUAGCGAAUUUGAGACAAGUGCUAAAGAGGAGGACAAAACGCCAACUCGGGUAGCAGCAUAUCUUGACAGUUGGGGGACGUCUCCCGUCAAUUCACAGAAUCGACCUCCACGGCAUCAUCGAGUCAGUGAAAGUCUCGCCACGAUCACACCGGACACGUUCCAUGAUUCCGAACCCCGUUCAGUAGGGUCUGAUCGCCGGCACCGAUCGAUCUCUCAGUCUGGAGGGGGCACCAUGGCGGCUCAAGAACCCGAAAGUGUUGGGACAGCGGUCAAGCCUCUGUCAACCCUUCCUCGUCGAGGGUCUUUGGUUGAAGAGGAGGACAAGGUCCCUGACAGCCCAAGCUCAACAGUUCGACCGCGACCUACGUCCAUGCAGUCAUAUCAGCGACCGAAAAAGAAAGUAUUUUGGAAAGGCAAGGCGUGCAUUAUAGCACUACCGAUGACUGACCGAGAGGCCGCUGGGUUGCCGCCGGUAUUGACGGCCGAGCAGGUUAAAAGGCGGAUUGACGGAUUCAUUGCGGAUGGAUACAAUGUGGAUGGGUUUGAGCUCAACGAUGUUCCCACUGGCCCGCCUCGGGAGAGCAGUGGCCAGAGCCGACCUGUAUAUCCAGAUCCAACGGAGAUGCACAGCGAGCGCAAGUUGCGCCACUUCCAGGUCCAUAUACCCAACCAAGCGGAAUGGGAGUCCUGGGUGAAUUACCUCAAGGAAGAGAAACUUCGAGCAUUAGGCGUCAGUCCAAGCAAUUCGGAAGCUCCGCCAUCAACUCGAUCGCCUUUCUCGCCAACGUUGAGUCGCGUCUCGUCAAGCUAUCCAGGACUUGCACCGUCGCCUCCUGUCGCGCCCUCGUCGUCGGCCAGCAAUCCUCUCAGAGCAACUAGUAAUCCUUUUUCUCCCUCUCUCGUGUCCUCGGCUGGUAUUAGCCCUCAGCCUGGAUCGGUGGCACCAUCUCAGUUCAACGGUCUCCCCAAGUCACUACAUGGUUAUAAGCAGUCAAUGGCACAGCCAAAUGCCCAUGGCAGGAUGACCUCACCGUUUGAGCAUUCGCUGUCACAGUCAAGCUCGUUCGGGCCGGGAGUGCGGCCGAACAUCCAGCCUCUGUCUUCACGACAAAACAGCUUCUCGCCUAACCACCCCUUAUAUCUACCAAACCUGGGAGAAGUCUUGUCACCGGCGUCCCAACCGCGGGGGAUUGAUGUACGAGGCGGAAAUAUGAAUUUUGCUCCUGAACAAGGUCGGCAUAACCGUAUGCAAUCGCAAGACCAUAUACUUGUACCACAAAAUCAGCCAACCCCUAACCCUGCAUUGCCUCAACGCAUUGACAAUUUGGUGCGCACUCCAGACUACAAUGGACCAUCCAGACCUCCGAUUGAAAUUGCGCACCCUACUCCAAAGAGCCAUCGCCAUAAUCUGAGUGUGGCUCUACAGAGAGAAAUUGACGAAGCCGAGGCUGUAUCGCGCGAGGAGCAUGCAGAUGUGAAGCAUGAGGCACAUGAGAAUCUUGACAUAUCCUCGAGGAAAGAUUCCACCUUGGACGAGUCCCUGAACGAUGAGCCUCCUAUUUUGAGACGACCAGAAACGAUAACGGCGGCUGACGAGAGAUCGGAGAUUGAGACAAAUCCAAGCAUUGCCGCGACACCGAUGCUGAUGGAAGACAAGGAUGUAUCCCUAAAUUGGCAGGCAUUGAGCGAUGCCGCCAAAGCAGAACCCAAAUCUGUUCGCGAGCUCACUCAAGCAACGUCCAAACUCAAUGUAGAAGCAAAGGAAUUCGAUCCUCGAGCCGGGUUCUCAAGUUCCAACCCCUCAUUCGGAGGGGAUAGCUUCGCACCCUUCGGGCUGCCCCCGGCGCCGACUACGUUAACGGCCCAGAAGCCUGCCUCGAAGACCAGGUUCUCUGUGUCUCACCUCAAUGCCGACGCUCCAGCCUUUACUCCCUCCUUCAUACUUCAGGAAGCACCCAAAGAAUCAACACUCAAGCCUGCCGCCGCGACCUUUAAUGUGGACGCACCGGUAUUCAAUCCUUCACUAUCCCCGGCGACAAAUUUCAACGAGAGUGCGGACUCGGUCAACAGUCCAAACAGCGUAUUUGGCAAUGCUAACGCUGACGCUAACCCGAAGGCUACAAAGGCCAGCAAAGCGGUCCCAAUCAUGCUUCCCAAGUCAAAAGAUAUUGAGGAAAAGAAUAUUGAUUGGAAAGACGUCGAUGGUCAGGCGAUGACACCUGCAGAUAGGCAGAAGCGCGAACGACAAGAUGACAGCGAUGGCGAUCGAAGUCCUCAUUUUGCCGAUUCAGCACCAUUCAAUCAUUCGAGAAUUUUAUCGGAGAUUGUGGAUAAUGCUGAUACUAAGGGACCAACUCCGGAAAGUCCUAAAAAGCCAUUGGAUGGAUGGUCAUAUAUUCCAGCGGAAGAAACUCAGCCAGAAGAUGCCCCCGCGCCACCUGCAGCUCAGAAAGCCCCGGAUGAAAGCCGUGAACAUGGCUCUGAUUUUACUUUUAAGAAUCAACGUGAUGCAGCCAUGUUUAAUGAGGCCAUACCGCCUUUGGAGACUCCGGGGAAAGUGGAAUUUGACAAGAUUGAUGAACCAGCGUCCUUGGAUGAGGUGAAGCAGGAGGAAGAAUCACCUGUGAAGACGACGACGCCUACGGGGGAACAAAAUCGGAAACCAAAGUCAUCACUCUCUGCGCUCGCCAAACCAUUCGAAUUUAAGCCUCACGUUUCAAGCCCAUACGCGUCUUCAUCAGUUACGACUCCUAAAAUCCCUCAAGUAUCGGCAGCUUCCCCAUAUGGGGCAACGCCAAGCCCGGAACAGCCGUCUGCUCUGCUCACAGCUAACCAUCCCUCUCCUCCGCAUGACCUGCAUUCCUAUAGGGAGAAUGAGGGAAAACCGGUCCCUGAAAGCCCAGAGGCACGUGUCGAGGUUACUGAGGAGAAUUCCGUUGACGAUGAGGUAGAACCACAGCAAGGCAAUAAGAGCCCAGAGGAGGAGAUUACCCAAAUUCUUGAUAAUUCACCUCACGGGCAGGAAGAUGAGCCUGAUGUUCAAAGCUAUUCAUUGCGCCAUCAAGAUGAGCCGGUACCAUCUUUUGAAGAAAUCGAUGCUGUCAUGAAGCAUCUUGAAGUCCAUCCAGAACUUGGCGUUGAACGAAACGACACACCCAUACAAUCUACACCACUGGUCGACAUGCAUCUAAGUGGCAACUUCCGCAGCGAUGCUCCAAGUCCGAGCCCUCCUAGGACUCGAGACAACAAGCCAUCACAAAGUGAUGCCUGUUUUUCGCCAUCAUUUGGUCUCGGGAUUGGAGUCCACAAUCUCAAUACAGGUACAGGCAGGGAUGAUGUGAGUGAUUGGGGAGAUGCGUUGCCCGCAGCGGAAGAGGCCAAACUACAACUUCGUUCUCAGUUCUUUGACGGUCAUGUCAACGACUUGGUUGGUGGUAUCCUUGAGAAUCGCCUAGGUCCUCUCGAGCGUACUCUCCAGACCAUCCAAGAUUCUUUGGCUUUGAUGACAACAGGUUCGAAGCCCAAGAGUGAUCGACGGAGCAUGUCGACUGAUCCGAAAGAUUCCGAUGCCGAUGAUGAAGAUGACUACGAUGCUUACGAAGGCUUUGCUUCUUACAGAACGAAGUCACCUAUGGCGAGAAGAGGGGAGCGGAAGCAAGACAAGAUCCGCGCAGCAGUUACGGAGGCUCUGGCUGCGUAUCAACCACCACCUCAGCCACAACCUGACCUGACAGAACUCAGUAGCGUUCUGCAAGAGAUGAGACAAUUGGCUCAGCAAGCAGGCUCUCAAAAAACUCAAAGCGAACUCAAGACUAUUAUGGAAGAUGUCAUCUCCCAUCACCCUCAUCUACGAGGUUCCGGGGUUCAGCAGGAUCACGAAACUGCUGAAACGAAGGUCAGACCUCAGAUCGACGGGCUUGAAAGCAUGCUCAAAAUUUCUAAAGAACAUGCUACUGAAGAAUCUAAACUCCGACGAGAAAGCGAAAAGAAAGUAAUGGAACUCGAACUUCGCUUGAAAAUUGCCGAGGAAGAAGCCGCCCAAUACCGAGAAACCAUGCGGGCGUUUGUUGAGGAGAAAGAAUCAUACAAAAACCUUGAGGAUGAUGUCGAUGCCCUGACACUCAAGAACACCGCAUUAGAGACUACACUUGAGGAGUAUCGCGUUUCGAGUGAUCAGUGGCGCUCUGAUAUUCGUUCCGAGCGUGAGAAGAAUGUCCUACUCAAGAAUACAUUACGAGAUCUCCAUCAACAAUUAGAAGAUCAGUCACACUCUCGACAAGCUCUUCGGGCCAAGGUUGAACGUGUUCAGGCACAAAUGACCCAAGUUGUCCAAGAUUUGCAUGCUGAACAAGGAGAGUGGCGCCAGAAAGAGCACAGUCUUCUGAGCAAGCUCGCCCUUACUCAGGGUGCCCUAGAACAAGAGAGGCGUCGUCGUGAGAAAGUCGAACUCGAACUGGAUUCCUUGGAGAAAGAGCAUAAAGCUAAUCUCCAUGCCAAGACUGCCCUGGAACAAGCUCGCCUGGAUAUUUCACGACUGAAUGAGUUGGUAGUAUCCCUACGAAAGGAGAAUAGAGCACUUGACACGAAAGCUUUCAACUUAAACCGAGAAUUAGCUCAUACCCUGGGCAGCAAAGAUGCAGAAAUUGCAACCGCUACCGCCAAAUUACAAGCCGAGCUGGAUAGCGCCAAAACUCAGCUCCUUAGCAUUCGGACGGAUUCUGAGGCCCGAAUUUCGAGGUUGCAGAGCCGACUCGAUCAUGCAGAGUUGGACAUUGAAGACCAAAAGGCCAAACAUGAUGCCCUCUUGUCGGAAACGAUCGAAGCGCACAAGGACGCACUUCGAGAAGCCGAUGAGAAGCGAGAGAGUGCGCUGGAAGAUCAACACCAAAUGCAUGAAAAGAAACUCAAUGACCUUCGUGAUCGCCACACACGAGAGCUGCAUAACUCAUUCGACAACCGGACCAGAUUGGAGCAUCAGCUCAACGAAAGAUUAAGCUUGAGCGACGAUAAAGUGAAGCACUUAGAAAGAAAAGUGGCCGAUCUUGAGGAAAGAUUGGAAAUCACCAAAUCAGCUGCCAGAGCCGCUGUGGAAGCCGCAACAGCCAAAGGUGUCAACUUACCCACUCCCGCUCCUUCAGUUGUGGCAUCACCACCACAGCGUGCUGCAAGUGCUUCAAUGUCGUUUGCGAAAGGCUCUGAGGUUCCAGAAAAAAUCUCUCCUCAAGCUCUUCGUGAAUCUAUUAUGGUCUUGCAAGAUCAGUUGCAGAACCGUGAGCAGAAGAUCGAACAAUUAGAAUCUCAACUCGCCGAAGUGGACCGAGAAGCUCCCAACAAGCUCAAGGAGCGUGAUACGGAAAUCGGCUGGCUUCGUGAGCUGCUCAGCGUCCGGAUUGAUGAUCUCGAGGAUAUUAUCAAUACUGUAUCACAGCCUGACUUUGACCGUAUCACGGUCAAGGAUGCUGCAAUCAGACUGAAGGCAAAUCUACAAAUGGAGCAACAGCUCAAAGAACGUGCUGCUUCAGGACUGACCAGCUCCUUCCCAUCAAUAUCAGCACUACAAAGUUAUGCCCAAUCUCCCCGUGCUCUCCCUAUGGCGGCUGCUGCAGCCUGGGGCAAUUGGCGACGAGCUAGAGACUCCUCGAUUGGUGCAAUAUCUGACUUGGCCACUAAUACUGGGAAUCAGACCCCUUCAAGAUCUACAAUUGGAAGCCCAGCAAGUUUCCUCUCGGGAAUCAUAACUCCACCAAGUACGAGUCAAAAGCAAUCUGCAUCGAAUGAGGUACCUAUUCUACCGCCGACUAUGAAGCCACUCGCAGCCCACGUUCAAGCCCGAAAAGCUGGAUCCGAAGCCAGACCACUGAGAUCGUAUAGUUCGCAGCCAAGGGCAUUGUCCAGCAGGCAACUAGAAAAUCGCCCCGAAAGCUCGGAGUCACAGUCUCAUCCUCAACCUAGGUCUCAGUCGCCACACACCCCGAUCCAAUUUAGUCGGCCGAGCCUUGAUUUGGCUGAAGACGUCGAUGAAGAUGCUUCACCCCUUGAAAGGAAGGAUACACGACAUCUCGAGGAGGCCGAGCCACUCGCUGAAUGA